AUGUCCGAUCUGGAGUCCUCGGUGGUGGCGGCUUCGUCCUCUCCAUCUCUCCCGGCCACCGACUCCAAUACCCUCCAUUACGCCUUCCUGGUUCACUCCCAGAAAACCCUCACCCAAAACCUCCCUCCUCGCGUCGAUAAUAAGUUAUUAGCGCGGCAAAAACGACGACGGACCAGCCCGGAGGACCACAAAAUUCUGGAGACAGAAUAUCAAAAAAAUCCCAAGCCGGACAAGAUCGCGCGUACAAAUAUCGUGAACCGCGUCUCGCUCGGCGAGAAAGAAGUGCAGAUCUGGUUCCAGAACCGCCGCCAGAACGACCGCCGGAAAUCCAAACCUCUUCAGCCGCACGAGUUUCUCGCGCCAAGAUCAAGUAUGUCAGACGAGUCGGGGCUCCCGAGUGAUGAUAACGCGUUCGCCGAGCUCGGGUCUUCGAGUGGGGCAGAGCUGGGUGAUGUCCUGGACCGACCGGAGGAUACUAGGCCAAAAUCCUGGGGUGGAGAUCUGUUGCAGUUGUCCGAUGAGUCGGAUUCGGUGAAAGAAGAAAAGGACGAGUUUGAAAUUUUGCAGAGCACACAAACAAGUGUGGCGACAGAGGCUGCUGAGGAUACCCCGCCAACCACACAAGAGGAAUCUCAUGGGCCAGAGUCGGGACUCACCAUGAAGGACACGGCGGAAGAGUCAUUACUGCAAGCUCCCAAGAGGAAACGAUCGGUACCGGACCUUCGUACUGAGAGUGUUAGUGAAGAGCAGCUGGCGGCUGUGCAAACAACACCAGUCAAAUCUCCUCCAUCACUGCGUUUGUCACUUUCAUUCGAUGGGGAAGCCAUGGUGCGCAAGGAGGAUGAGAUGACACCGUCUCCCCCAAAGAGCCGGAGCGCGUUGAGGAUUGCCAUGUCGUCGGACGGCAAGGCUGUGAUCCGUGCAGAGAAUGAGCCGUCCCCGUCCAAGAACCGAGUGGCUAUGUUCUCUGUUCGUCGGACAAAGAUGACGGGCUUGCGUCGCAGUAGUAGUGCCAUCUUCCCGGCCACCCCACGGGUGGGCAUGAUCGACAACGACAGGGCAUUUGGUCGCUCUCGUGAUCCUCGCAACUGGGAAUCAUUCUUCGACACAGAUGCGCGAAGCGCUAUUACCACUCCAACCAGCUCUCAAACUGCUCCUAAUCUCUCCCCCGGCCUCUUCCAGUCACGUUCCCAGCGCUCUUUGUCCCGUACCAUGUCGGCACGACAGAGCUAUACUUCAAUCCACGCCGACUCUGCCCGCACGCCUAUCUCCCAAUCCAUGGGUGAAAAGAGGAGGAAGCUGUCCCGCACUGUCUCAUCGUUGGGCAGAUUAGAGACCGAGCGUAACAAGGUCUCCCACACACCAUCAAAAUUGUCAAAGUCAAUGACAUCCAGGUCCAAUAAAGAUGAUCUCGAACUUGAUCUUGGUGAUUCAGACAAGGAGAAUUGGGUUCCAGGUACACGUUCAUCACAAAUCCGCCGUCGAACGACGUCGCAUGCUCCGCGGCCGGUAUUGCGGGAUGCCAAUACCAACCGCCGAAUGAGCACUAUAGGCAACGGGAAACGCAACCGGCCAUAUCCAGCCGGCACACAAGGCAAAAUCCCAACCGAUCUAGAUGCAGAUGUAUCGGCAUUCAUGUCCAGCGGUACGGCCGGAAGUCAAGAAGAUGAUCUGGACUGUGUCCAGGGACUUCUAUCCCUGAGCCAGGGGGCAUGGCGAUAG